AUGGGACCCCGGCGUCCAGCACAGCUGCUGGGGCUUGCCACGUUUCUGGCGGCGUGCGCCAAUGCUCUGUGCAUCGUGCUGCCCCUCAACGGAGACUGGAAGGUCUACAACCGAAAUAAAUCCUACCACUUCACUGGUGUGGUCCCUGGCAACGUGUACACAGACCUGAUGCGCGCCAAGCUCAUUGAGGAAGCCUACUACCGCGACAAUGACGAGCGCUUCGCCUGGGUUGGCCACGACAACUGGACCUACACGAGGGAUUUCCACUUGCAAGAGGGGCACACGCAGCACCGCCGAGUCCUUCUGGUCGCCCACGGCAUCGACACCGUGGCCACUGUGUACGUGAACGAUGUGGCCGUGGGAGAGACGGACAACAUGUUUGUGCGCUACGUGUUCGACAUCAAACCGCACAUCAAGGUUGGCUACAACAACGUGAGCGUCGAGUUCACCUCGGCAGUGGCGCACGCUCGCGAACGUGCGCGCCUGUACGGCAAAGGUCAUACGGUGCCGCCCGAGUGCCCGCCGCUGCGCCAGCGCGGCGAAUGCAGCGUCAACCAGGUUCGCAAGGUGCAGGCCUCCUUCAGCUGGGAGAUGGCACCGGCGUUCGCCACGCAGGGCAUCUGGAAAGACAUCGGAAUUGAGAUGUACGAUGGCCUCAUCAUACGCGACAUGGUGAUCAGGACUCGGCGUCUGGGCUCGCCAAACAAUGGUGAAAGGCCGGACAGGUGGUCCCUGGACGUAGGUCUGUUCCUUGAAGUUGCAUUUAGCGGAAAGCUGCAGCUCUUGCUCAGUUUGGUGCUGGACGAUCGCCUGACCGUGAAGAAGAACAUAACGGUGUCCGCGAACAACCAAUUCGCCGCGCACUACCGAUUCCGGCUACGUAUACCGGAGAGCCUCCCCAUUGAGCCGUGGUGGCCCAAUGGCUAUGGUGGACACCAGUUGUACGCGCUGACCGUCUCCUUGUUUCUGGGUAAAGAAAUGGCCGCCAUAACGAGGAGCGUAGGGUUUCGUACAGUGGAGCUCAUACAGGAGCCGCUCGUCAAUAGUACGGGUGCGACUUUCUUCCUGCGCGUGAACGGGCUGCCGCUGUUCGCCAAGGGCAGCGCGUGGCUGCCGGCCGACGCAUUCCCGGACCGCGUGACCAGCGAGCGACUGGAGGCCCUGCUCGACGCCGCCGUGGCGGCGCACAUGAACCUCCUGCGCGUCUGGGGCGGCGGCCUGUACGAGUCGGACGUGUUCUACGAGAUGGCCGACCGCAAGGGACUCAUGAUCUGGCAAGAGUUCGCCUUCGCCAGCGCCCUCUAUCCCGCCACGCCGGCUUUCCUCGAUUCCGUGGCCCUCGAGGCGCGGCAGCAGGUGCGCCGUCUGGGUCACCACGCCAGUCUUGUUCUCUGGUGCGGAAACAGCGAGAACGAACUCGGCUUGGCUUACAACUGGUGGAAGCUUCUUACGACAGAGCACCGCGAUGACUAUGUCAAGCUGUACGUGGAAACAUUGCAAAAGAUUGUCUACGAGGAUGACAUGUCGCGACCUUUCGUGGGUUCGACUCCUUCCAACGGUCUGCUCUCGGAACUGAGCGGGGGCAUUCACGACAACCCGAACGACGUACUCUACGGCGAUGUGCACUACUUUGACUACUACUCUCCCCCCUGGAGCCUGGACGCCGUGACGACACCUCGUUUCUGUUCAAGCUUCGGUCUCGUCUCGUUCCCUUCGAUGGAGACGCUGUCCACCGCCCUGGAACCCGGAGACUUGACGCUGCCUUUCCCGCAAGCGCUCGAGAACAGGAUGCACUUAGCCAAUGCCAGAGUGGAAACGUACAUGUCGGCUGUUUUCACGCUUCCCAAAAAGGACGGAACCGACCAGGCCCUUAGGAUCUUCAUCUUUCUGUCUCAGAUCUACCAGGCAAUGGGCGUCAAGACCCAGGCUGAGCACUACCGCCGGCAGCGGCUGACAGUUCGCCACUCUCAGGGUCUGACCAUGGGCGCUGUCUACUGGCAUCUCAACGACGUCUGGCAGGCACCUUCAUGGUCGUCAAUUGACUACACGGGCGAAUGGAAGAUGCUGCACUACUUCGCGAAACGCUUCUUCGCACCUCUGCUUGUGUCUCCGUUCGAAGAAGCUGGCCGCCUGGUUGUCUACGUGCUGGACGACCUCUACCACAACGAGCCCUACGACCUGCUCCUGGAAAUCAAGCUCUACCACUACGCCUCACCGGAUCCCAGGAUUUCACUCACGCACAACUUAACGGUUGCCUGA